AUGUCUGAUAAUAUGCAAAUAGAUUCACCUUUGCAAGAGAUUGAUGAGGGAUUGUAUUCGCGUCAAUUGUAUGUGUUGGGUAAGGAAGCAAUGCUUAAGAUGCAGAAUGCCAAUGUUCUAGUCAUUGGUUUAAAUGGUUUAGGGGUUGAAAUUGCUAAAAACAUUGCACUUGCUGGAGUCAAAUCAUUGAGUUUGUAUGAUCCAAAUCCAAUUCAAAUUCAAGAUUUGUCAACGCAAUUUUUUCUUUCUGAAUCAGAUAUUGGUCAACCAAGAGAUCAAGUCAGUGCAGUUAAAUUACGCGAAUUGAAUGCAUAUGUUCCAAUUAGUGUUGUUGAUAACAUUGAGGAGGAAACUUUGUUGAAAUUUAAAUGUAUUGUUACAACCAAUAUUUCCUUGGAGGAACAAGUUAAAAUCAACCAAAUUACCCACGCUAAUGAUAUUGGGUUUAUAAAUGCCGAUGUUCGUGGUUUAUUUGGACAAAUUUUUGUUGAUUUUGGUGACAAAUUUACCAUUGUUGAUCAAACUGGUGAAGAGCCAUUAUCAGGAAUUGUUUCUGAUAUUGAGAAAAAUGGAACUGUGACAAUGUUGGAUGAAAAUAGACAUGGACUUGAAGAUGGCAAUUUUGUUAAAUUUUCAGAAGUUGAAGGGUUACCAGCAUUGAAUGAAGGUAUUUACAAAGUUGAAGUAUUGGGGCCUUAUGCAUUCAAGAUUAAAAUGGAUGGAAUUGAAGGAGAAUAUAAAAAAGGAGGUCUUUAUACUCAGGUUAAAGUCCCCAAAGAUGUUAAAUUUGAACCGUUACUUGAACAAUUGAAAAACCCCGAGUUUUUAAUAUCAGAUUUUGCCAAAUUCGAUAAACCAGCUCAAUUACAUAUAGGAUUUCAAGCUUUGCAUGCAUUCAAGACAAAGAGGCAAAGAUUACCAAAACCCUAUAACGUUGAAGAUGCCAAUGAAGCAUUUGCCUAUGCUGAACAAUUGGCUAAACAAAAUAACGUUGAGGAUAUCAACGAAUCCUAUUUAAAGGAGUUGUUUUACCAAGCUCAAGGUGAUACCCCAGGAAUGGUGGCUUUCUAUGGUGGUUUGAUUGCUCAAGAAGUUUUGAAAUGUUGUUCUUCCAAGUUCACCCCCAUUAAACAAUGGCUAUAUUUUGAUUCAUUAGAGUCGUUGCCAGGUAAAGAAGAGUAUCCUCGUGAUGAAGAAAACAACAAGCCUAUUGGUUCAAGGUAUGAUGGUCAAAUUGCCGUUUUUGGUAAGAAAUUCCAAGACAAAAUUGCGAAUUUAAAAGUUUUCCUUGUAGGUGCAGGUGCCAUUGGUUGUGAAAUGUUGAAAAAUUGGGCCAUGAUGGGAUUAGGUUCGGGACCUGAUGGUAAGAUAUUCAUCACUGAUAAUGAUUCGAUCGAGAAAUCGAACUUGAAUCGUCAAUUUUUGUUCAGACCUAAAGACGUUGGUAAAAAUAAGUCAGAUGUUGCUGCACAAGCAGUACAAGCUAUGAAUCCUGCAUUAAAAGGCAAAAUUGAAUCACGUUUGGAUAAAGUUGGACCAGAAACACAAGACAUUUUUGAUGAUGCAUUUUGGAACAAUUUGGAUUUGGUCACUAAUGCAUUGGAUAAUGUUGAAGCAAGAACCUACGUUGAUAGUCGUUGUGUAUUUUUCCAAAAGCCAUUGUUGGAAUCAGGAACUUUGGGUACAAAGGGUAAUACACAAGUUGUUGUGCCAUUCUUGACUGAAUCUUAUUCAUCAUCUCAUGAUCCGCCAGAAAAGUCAAUUCCUUUAUGUACCUUACGUUCUUUUCCAAGUAAAAUUGACCACACCAUUGCUUGGGCCAAAUCAUUAUUUCAAGGAAUUUUUGUUGACUCACCGGAAAGUGUCAAUUUAUACUUGAGUCAACCAAAUUACGUUGAACUGUCUUUGAAGCAAAAUCCCGAUAAGAAGGGAACUUUGGAGAAUAUUUCCAAGUACUUGAAUGAACGUCCUUAUAGUUUUGAAGAUUGUAUCAAAUGGGCCAGAUUAGAAUUUGAAACCAAGUUCAAUCACGAGAUUAAACAAUUGUUGUACAACUUCCCUCAUGACGCCAAAACCUCAACUGGAGAACCAUUCUGGUCUGGACCUAAGCGUGCUCCUACCCCUUUGAAAUUUGAUGUCAACAAUAAGGACCAUUUGGACUUCAUUAUUGGUGGUGCCAAUUUAUUGGCCUUUAUCUAUGGAUUAAAGGAACAAAACAAUAUUGACACUAAAGUUUUGGAAAAGAUUGAAAUUCCGGAAUUUAAACCAAAGUCAGGAGUCAAGAUAGCAGCCACUGACGCUGAGGCUGAAGAGCAAGCAAACAAUUUGUCGUCAUCAGCAGAUGACGAUGAAGUUAGAAAGAUUGCUGCAUCCUUACCUGAGCCAAGCACUUUAGCUGGAUACAGAUUGAAUCCAAUUGAAUUUGAAAAGGAUGACGAUACCAACCACCAUAUAGAGUUUAUCACCGCUGCUUCAAACUGUAGAGCAUUAAACUAUGGUAUUGAAACUGCAGAUGCUCACAAGACUAAAUUUAUUGCUGGUAAGAUUAUCCCAGCAAUUGCCACCACAACCGCAUUGGUUACUGGUUUGGUGUGUCUUGAAUUAUACAAAGUUGUUGAUAAGAAAGACGAUAUUGAACAAUACAAGAACGGAUUCAUUAAUUUGGCCUUACCAUUUAUUGGGUUUUCCGAACCUAUAAAAUCUGCUCGUGGUAAAUACGGGUCUAAAGAAUAUGAUCAAGUAUGGGAUCAAAUUAUAAUCGAUAGAGAUUUGACAUUGCAAGAGUUGAUUGACAAGUUUGCUAAUGAAGAUAAAUUGGAGAUUUCAAUUUUGUCAUAUGAUGUUGUUGUAUUGUAUGCUUCAUUCUUUCCACCUAAAAAGAAGCAAGAAAGAUUGAACUUGCCAAUUUCACAAGUGAUUAAAUUAGUCACCAAAAAGGAUAUUCCUGCUCAUGUACAUUACUUGGUUUUACAAGCAUGUUGUGAAGAUGAAGAAGGUGAAGAUGUGGAUGUUCCGCCCAUCACUGUCAAGUACAAAUAG